AUGGAAGAAAAGUUAAAUGAAAUGGAACAAGCUGGUAUCAUCACAAGGACAUCAACGCCUUACAGUAGUCCAUUGACAUUCACUCUUAAAAAAGACGGCUCAAUUAGAGUUCUGCUUGAUGCCAGAAGCAUAAAUAAGAAAAUGGUUGCAGAAACAGAGAAACCACCUAUACAAUUAGAUGUUUUGAAUUCAUUUCACGGAGCGAAUUAUAUCACUACCAUUGACUUAAAUAAUGCAUAUUUUCAAAUUCCGAUAAAUAAAGAUGGUAGAAAAUAUACUGGAUUCACAUUCAAUGGAAAGUCAUAUGUAUAUAAUGUUUUGCCGCAAGGAUUAAAAACAUCAGUAGGAAGCUUUAGCAGAGCCAUGAAUUUAAUAUUAGGACCAGAAGUCCAAGAAUUUUGUGUGAACUAUUUAGAUGAUCUAGCCAUUAUUACAACAGGAACGUUAGAUAAACAUUUGGAGCACAUUGAUAUUGUUUUAAGUAAAUUGAACAAAGCUGGCUUAACGUGUAACUUGCAGAAAUGUGAAUUUAUUUGUAAAGAAAUUAAAAUGCUGGGUUUUAUAAUUUCAACAGAAGGCAUAAAGACAGAUCCCGAUAAGAUUCGAGCGAUCCAAGAGUUUCCAGCACCUAAAAAGAUUAAACAAUUAAGGGCCUUUUUAGGUCUAUGCAAUUUUUAUAGAAGGUUUAUACCAAAUUACAGCGAGAGCAUAAUACCGCUCUGUGAAUUACUUAAAAAGGGACGAAAGUUCCAAUGGAGCGGUAAAGAACAGAAGGCAUUUGAUUUUAUAAAACAACAAUUUAUUAAUACAAUACAAUUGCAUCAUCCAGACUUUAAUAAGCCGUAUUAUUUACAAACAGAUUGUUCCGGUGUGGGUAUGGCCGGAGUACUAUAUCAGAUAGAUGAUAAUAAUGAAAUGAGAAUUUUAGGCUAUCAUAGUAAAGCCUUAAAAGGCCCCGAAUUAAAUUGGUCUGUUACUGAACAAGAGUUUUAUGCUGUAAUAAGCUGCCUAAAGAAAUUUGAAACAUAUUUGAGGGGCAGUAAAGUAAUAAUACUAACUGAUCAUAAAGCAUUAUUGUUUAUUAAUAAUAUGAAGUUAUUCAAUGGUAGAGUAACCCGAUGGAUUUUGUAUAUAGAACAAUUUAAUUAUGAAGUACAGCAUAUAUCGGGUAGACGUAAUAUUGUUGCAGAUGUGCUAUCACGUUAUCCUCCUGAUGGCGAUUUAAUACAAGAGGAUAAAAAUAAUAGUUUAGAAAUUGCUUACACAAAGAGCGAACCGAAUAUUGAGUUGAUAGAAAAAUUAAAAUCCUUAACAGUAUAUCAAUUACAAGAUUCAGAGUCGUUGGCUAUUAUUGAAAAGUUAAAGACAUUAAAUACUUCCAUAAUAAAACAAAACAAUAAAUUUAAAAGGUAUAGUUUGAAAAAUGAUGUAUUAUAUUACAAAACGAAUUUACAAGAAGUAAUAUAUUUACCUAAAGCAUUGAGACAAGAUAAUAUAAAUCAAGUGCAUGUCGAAAUGGGUCAUCAAGGACCCUAUAAGGUAAUUAAAUAUGUGAGAGACAGAUUCUUUUGGAAAGGUUUAACAAAAGAUAUUAAAAACCAAUUAAGGGCUUGUCAUUUAUUUCAGUUAUCUAAGAAAAGCAAUAUAACAUAUGUGGGUCCCUGCAAAUCUAUAAUAACAGAAAACAUUGGCGAUAUAGUCAUGGCAGACUUAUAUGGACCGCUUGUAUCAGGUACCUUUGGGUACACUUUCAUAUUUGUCAUUCAAGAUUCAUUCAGUAAAUUUAUCAAAUUAUAUCCUUUAAAACAGUCAACAGCAAAGUCUGUUGUAACAAAAGUAAAGCAUUUUGUUGAGAUUAUAAAGCCCAAGGCAAUAAUGACAGAUAAUGGAAAACAGUUCGUAAGUAAUCACUGGAAACAAUCAAUGAGUGAAUUAAAUAUAAAGCCAAUAUAUACCACAGUUAGAAAUCCUAGACCAAAUACAACAGAGCGAGUAAAUAAAGAGUUGAGCAGAUUAUUUAGGACGCUUUGUCAUACUAACCACAAAGAUUAG